GCGCUCGUGUUCGGCUAACUGCUCGGUGGGGAUAAACAGUUUAAUCCCGUUUCCCCUUCCGUAUUGUGCCCGUUCGUUACCCCGCUCGCUGGGCCGUUUCUUCUCGCAUUCGUCCCGUGUGUGUGUGUGUCUGUGUGUGUGCGGCGGGACUUGUUUACUAUGGGUGGCACUGGCAGUCAGUCGUCCCUGCUGAUGUCUCGGCGCAAGAUGGACUAAAACUUUUCUAGUAUGGGAAAAUUUCAAAGCAAACACGAGUGUUUCUUUAUCAAUCCAGCUUUAAACCAGGCUUUGAAAGAUGAGAUCUGGAAGACAAAGUCAGGAUUGAAUUUGGCCAAUUAUAAUAUGGAUGAUUCUCUUUCGGAAUUAUCACUGUGCUUCGAAGAAAAAGCUGACUCAUCGCCCUUGAGAGUGGAGCUGCCCCCACCCAAGCUGGACACAGAUACGUCCAAGGUACUGAGACUUGACCACAUGCGACUGGGCAAGAAGGAGGGGAAAGAGAACAGCACGCGCAACAACUUGAACAUCGAGGAGUUUGAAUGUGGCGUUCAGUUAGAGGGAUCUGAGAGCUCGAAACAAGAGUGGUUUUUUACUUUGUACAACUUUGAUGGUCAUGGAAGAAUCACCAAAGAGGAUCUUUCUAGUCUUCUGAAGGCCUUGUAUGAUGCCGUUGGCUCUUCCAUCAAACUCCCACCUCACGGAGCGCGCACCCUCAAAUUGCGUCUGUCUGUGGGCCAGGAACAGGCAGCCCAGAUGAAGAACACAGCCAACCUCAAGACGAACCCCGACAACCCCCAGGGGAAGACGGGGCUCGGGAAAGGAACCAAAGAAUUCUCUAAGAUGAACAACCUCACCCGCACUCACAUCAAGUGCAUCAAUGAACACAAAGCUCAGUUGAAGUCUGUGGGAAUGAACCCAGACCCUCCCGGAGUGGUUGCUGCUGAAGAGAGAGUGUCAGGUGGUGUAGGGGUACGCCCACCCCACCAGCCCUCGGCACCAGAACAGCUAUGUGCAUUAGAGGCACAAGAACAAGUGGAAAAAGCUCUCAGUAAACACUUGAGACGGCAACACAAUGAGGCUCGUAAAGACAACAGCAAACAGCACAAGCGACGCCAUCGGCACAGCACGGCUGUCCACUGCCCGGUGGCCCCCGCAUGUCUCGUCUCUGCUAAGUUGGACCGUGUUGGGAUCCCAACGUUUAAGGACAAAGUGAACCAGAGUUCAGGGCUUGGAGAACCGCAGGCUAAAGAGAGUCAGGAUCGACGUAACUAUUAUCUCGAUCUCGCCGGUGUGGAGAACACAUGCUCCAGGUUUCAGAACAAUCUCUCAUCUUCACCUCUCUCAAAAUCUGGGGCUGUGACAGCAGCCCUGGCGGGGGUUGGAGGAGGUCACCACAGGUCUCGAUCGUACGAUGUUGCUAAAUGUGGCAACUGCAGUUACGGAGAUUCGAAGCAGGAAGCCUCGGGGCGGGAUGGUCAGGCGUGUCGCUGUGAUAGUGCCCACAAGGAUGGGGACAAACUCCGCACCAAGUCCAACAAGCUGAAGUUCGAACACCACCAACACUUACGCUCAAAGUCGUUUGACUCCCAUGCUGCCACGCACAGAAAAGCGAUGGCAAUGUCAAAAGGACUGCCACACCAGCCUCACUCUGGUGGAGGAGCGACACAUGCUAACCGCCAUCCCGACCUUCAGAUGCCGCCAGGUGUGCUAGGGGCUGGGCCUCCACCAAUGACUCUGUCCCCACACCACCACAGAAGGCACCGCCACAGAGAAAAGGACCAAGAGAUGGCCAUGCAGCAGGUGGCACAGUGGAUAGAGCGUGAGCACUCAUGGGACUUGUCGGGAGGGGAUGGCAGCGCGGUUCAGCGCCAUGAGCAUCACCACAUUCACGAGCACCACCACCAUCACCACUACCAUCACUACUAUGAGACGUAGUACUGUCAUGACCAUCGUUGUUAGAUGUAUCAAUCUCAUGGCAUGGCAGUCACCUCUAUUGCUGACAUUUUUCAAUGCUGUGGUCUUGCCACAGUACCAUGGUACUGCUCAUCACUUCCCCUUCAGUAAUGUACAGCAACGUUGGAACCUAAUCAGUUAAAAACAGAUUUGUACUUUAAAAUGGCCCCUUGCACAAGCUGAAAAUGCAUUUCGUACAUUACUUGAGAGCAAAGAGUUUUACUCCAGUCCUAGAUCCGUAACUGUGCUCCACAGAAGGUUACAAAGGUUACAACAGUGUACGUUCGACUGCAGUGACUUUUCGACAUAUGUUAACGAAUUCACACAACCUAUCGGUGCCAGUGCUAGAUGUAGCUGUAACGUAACAGUCCAUGUCACAUUCGUUUACUAUGAGCAAAUGUCAUCGCAAGGGCUUCCAUGCUGGAUGAAAAGUUAGACAUACUUUUAAGACAUGCUUCUGUAGGAUUAGGAAAUGUGGCCUUAAUUUCUACAGCUUCCAGAACGUGGGAAACUUUUUUCGUUUUCUCUGCCGUCGCAAAAAUAGUUUUGCCACCACAGUCAAUUGUGUACUUGUCGAUUUACGGAUGAGUUGAUGACUUUGGGGGAGUAAAGGAAAGAUCAACUCAUCUGAACUGAUAACCAUUCAAGUCUGUUAAGAAAAAGAGGUGCUGGGACCUGAGAAAAGAUCAACUCAACUGAAGAUUAACUCAAGAGAGUUAAUCACAAGCAGAGUCGACUGUAUAACUGAUUCUUGUUUUAGUUACUGGCUGUUAUGUUGCUAUAUGCUACUUCAGAACACAAACUGACAGAAGGGCUGUUUUUCAUAUGAACUGUUUAACUUAUAUAUCGCUUUAAUAUUAUGUGCAUUUUAUUGCUUCCAGGAAGUAGUGAAUUCAGGAUUUUCUAACAUUUGAAAGUGAGCCUGCAUUGACUCAAGUAGACCUUUUCGCCAUGAUAUUAAAAAAAAUAAGAUAUGCUGCGAUAAGGGCAUCAGAAGACCUAUGACUUACUAACUCCCUUAAAGAGGAGAAUGAUAUAUUUGUGAAAGGUCAACUGUUGUGUCAUAUGGUGCGAUGAUUAUUUCCUAUUGCUGUGUAAAUAAUCUGAUGCCUCAAACUAAGCGGUUCGCGUGAAGUGCUCUUCGUAUUCUGCUAUGAGAAGAAAACUUUUCUGUGACGGCUACAGAGCAAGGCUAAACCUGGAAAGACUUAUGUACUGUACAAUAUAUUUAUUGGGACUUAAAUCACCUGACAGGAUAUGUUUGUGUAUAGAGUUGUGAAGAGAGGUGUGGGUACUGUGGAGAUUGUGAAAACUUCCCCGCAAGGCAGUUAGCUUUAAUCAGCAUUCAUCUACCUCAUUUCUAGGUUUGUUUAUAAGUACUGAAUUUUUUUUAUCACCCACGUCACUCCCUUUUUUUAUCAGGGAGUAAAAAUUCCCUGGCUGAAAGCUGUUCAAUUUCUCUGUAGCAUUUCAACAUUUAGGUCCCCCAGUCUGGUUUUGUUUUUUCUUUUUCUUUUUGUUUCCAGAUUCUAGAGUAAAGUUGUUGGUUUUUUCCCCUUCUCUGACACAUUUCCUGUGUUCAUUGUAAUUAUCUCACUUUUUCAUCCUGUCAUCUUGUCUCAUGGUCCUUUUUGUGUCAGUUGCUUAGAUAUCCUUAAGUUUAUAAAAUUCAAGGGUUGCCUUUUUUUUAAACUGUAAUUUUCAAUCCUUACAAAUGACGAUUAUUUUUUUAUAUUUCCUGAAUCUUGUUGGGGAUAUUUUUAUUCUAAUACAGGCUAAGAAUAUAUCUUUUUUUUAAAAAUUCAAUUAAGACUGUAGGCUAUUAGAGAACUUCUUAUUUUAACUUAGUACAUAUUUUGUCUUAAAAUUAAGCAUAAGGCUUCAGUGACUUCUUUUAAGUGAGUUGAGACACUUCAAUGUUAUUUCAUAUUGCAUUUGUGCCAAAUAACCUCUGUAUGUUUUCUGUAAAGAUCUAAACAAAUAUUCCUAGCAUGCAUAGUUUCUGUGUACAUCUUCAGAUUCACAGAGGGGCUGUGUUAUUUUAUGUGUUCUGGAGUUACUGGGAGCUAUGCAUGUUUGGACAAACUUCUGCUGUAUUAUAACAUGUACAAAGUAUGCAAAUAUAUGUAUGAUAUGUGAAUAAUAUUCUGUAAUACAGUGAGGUCUGCUUAAACCAAGAUAAUCCCUGAUUUUUUUUCUUCUUUGUCCUUGUAAGAAAACUAUCAAUCAGUCAAAAUGUUCCUGUUCUUAAACUGAAAAGACUUUCGAGAGUUAUAUCAUCUAAAUUUUCACUAACAACAACAACCCUCAAGUAACUCUUGUCAAGUCUUACGCGCUUCAGGAUGGUGAGAACAGAAGUGUGUCAAUUGUGGACCAAAGAGAGACGUCACCAGUGUAGCCUACUAUUUGCCUUCAUUUAUAACACACAUCAAUAGACCUACACAUUGUGUCUAGGCUUAGUGAUCCAAGGGUAGUAAAUGUAUAUCUGUCUCAUGAUCUUUAGUUGGUCAUGGCCUAUUGUCUCUGCAAAGCUAGUUCUCGCAGGCUCUAAGUAUGAGCGCUUGACGGGUACGUGGUGUGUUUCAUGAUGUCACUGCAUGGUAUUAGGUGUUAUCACUUCUCUAGACCAGGGCAGAGUACAAAACAGUGUACAGUACCGUGUGCUGAUCUACUUUUUCAUCUGUUUUGUGAGACUGUUUGGCAGUUUGAGCAAGCUGACAUUGUCAAAGAAAAAGCAUAUGUGUACGACUGCAGCUCAUAUUGCAGUUACUGAAAGCAGUUGAAGAGGAAAGAACUUUCAAAAAGUGAAACUUGCCGUUGAAGAGGAAAGAACUUUCAAAAAGUGAAACUUGCCGCAAGCAUGGUAUUCCCAACUCUACUCUGUCAGCAGGCAUGGCUAUUCAAGCAAUCUCUCUGAACAAAAAUACUGCUAAACUAAAGAAAAUCUGGCGUUCCCAUAGAUUUCGGUUUAAGCAGACUCUGCUGUAUUUUAAAAUGCUGGAGUUCAAGUACAGAAAAUCCAAAUGUACUGUCAAAUAUAUACAUACUGGUUCAGUGCUUUUUAACUAACCAAGUCAAUGAUCUGUUCUGCAAAGCAAUGAAAACUACAUUAUCCCUUUGACUUCCGGACUUUCUUGAUUGUCUAAUGUUGACAGAGCUACUAUAAUUUGUAUAACCAGUACUGGAGUCCAGUUUAUUGAAAAGCAUUGCAUUUGUUACUGCUUUCUGUCAGAUAUUUCAAUGUUAAUUUUUGUUGCAAAAUUAUGACUAAUAAAGUCUUGUAUGUCUUAAUGUAAUGCGUUAUUCUCCUAAAGAUUUUGAAAAUUUGAAGUGUGAAAAUUUGGCGUUUUUAUUUGAAUGGCAAUUUUUCAGUUUUUUAGUGGUGUUGCAAAUGGCUAACAGCUAUUAAAAUGAUAUCCGUAUUAUUUUCUUCUCAGUAUUAUGUAGGACUUUAUUAAAGGAUAACUAUUACUGUGUGCUUUUAAAAAAACCCAUGGGACUGCCAAGUGUAUAGACUUGUUUUUUUACAGUCAGAAGGAUCUUAUGUGUCAUGAUGUGCUGAAAUCAGGCAUACGUCGAAUUUUGGGAUGAUGGAGUUAUUGGUAUCACUUUCAAGCUUGUUUAUUUGCCUUGCUUUUGAUGAACGGAAUACCCGUUUGUCUUGAAUAGAAGUUGAGAUAUUUGUGAUUGAAGAGGUGGGGUGUGCCUGGUGUCAGAGGUAAAAUUAGCGAGAAAAUAGCCUACAAAGUUUGGAAAAAGCUUUAGUGACUUUGGCAAUUGCAAAUUUAUAAUUUUGUGCCCUUAGUCAACAUUUUUUAAAAGUGAAAUUCACACAGAAAUGUGUUUUUAAAUGGACAUAAACGGUGUUUUAAGCCAAAAUGAAAUAAAUAGAAAUUUCCCAGUAGGAGGCAAAAUGUCGGUCUCUUCAAUUUCAUUACUUUGAUGAGCGCCAGAUUUCACCACAACCAUGAUGCCACACAUAUUUAAGUUCACAUUUCUUUUUGAGACAUUCUAAUAUGAUGCUGUUUCCUUCCACCAUAUAUUUCAAAUUUGCUUGCUGUUUCCUAUUUGUAUUUUUUAAAACACAACAGGGCAAGGGAUUUUUUUUUUUUUAAUCUACUCUGAAUUCUUACCAAUUUUAAGAGCAAUUCAGUCUUCCAGUAGGUCCAUUUAUAGAAAGUAUUAGUAUUAUGCGUGUUUUGAAAGGCCAAUGUGACUGUCAGGUUCUUCAUUCAGCCUUUUUGACAAGAUAUGUAGGCCUACUCCAUAUAUGGUAGCUUUAAAUUCAUUUUACUGUCAAAGAAAGUAUUCCUGUAAAGUAAGCUUUUUAUAUAACCACCAAGAGCCAGGUUUCAUCAUUUUUCAUUUAUUCAUCAUGGUUUUUGUUUAGGAGUCUGGCAAGUCCUGAUUUGACAAUUUUGGAUUAUGAAUAAUUCUCAAUCCUCAUGAUUCUGUUUCUCCAAAUCCUCGUACUGAUACUCCAAAUUAUCCAUUGACGAACUGUUCUCAUCAUAUAUAGGCCUAUCAUGCUUGACAUUAGGUUUCAAAAGCUCUCUCAGAGAUUUUUCGUGAUUUUUCUUUUUGCUCAUUUCUGUACUCGCGGACCAGUAGCCAAUGUGUAUUGGUCUCUUGCACUUUAACCAUUUUGUUCUUGUUCAAGAAACCAGCUGGUAUACAUCACAACAUUUAUAAGUUAGGCCUAUAGUUUAGUCCUGUCUAUGUCUUAAUGCAGAACUCAACAGGCAUUCUUAUAAAAAUUACUUAAGUAGAUGCCUAGCCUAGAUUUGUCCCACAACAGGCUUUUUAAAUAGUAAAAAGGAUGUUGAAUGUUUGAAGAAAAAAGGGAAGAUAGAUGUAAGUAAUAAGUGUAAAUGAGAAGAACUCAUUCAGUAGAUUAAAAAUUAAAUUAAAGAAGUUCAGAAGAAUGCAAACAAUGUUGGGAGUUCAUCUGUUUUCUGACUUAAUAAGGCCAACAGUUAAACUCCUGAACAAUCCAAUCCGUAUGUCGUAUUUUACUAUAGUAUCCAAACGACAUGGGGAACUCUACUCUGUGCCACCACUUUCCAAAGAGAAAAUAUAUACUCGAUCCAAACGCUUUGCGUUGCAGUCUGUCAAAAUUAUUUUUUGAGAAAUGCUGAAAGUUUCAAAGAGAUCUUUGCACCAGAAGUAUUCUAAAAUGUGAAGAAUACAACGCCGGGGGUACAAAAUGAUUGGGUUACGGUACAGGUUUGUAAUAUUUUUGAAUGACAGUCACAUGUGUCUCAUGCUAGUUUGUUAGUGGUCUGCUCUCACAUCCUAACACCCUUGUAAGGAUUGAUUACUUAUCUUGCGUAUGCAUCAAGGGCCAUCCUUUUUCAGUGAUCCUCUAUGUUGUAUUAAUAAAUUGUUUCUAAAGUAUGUGGUAAUGAUUAUUUUCUUUUUACUGAGAUCCUUUUCAUGCUUCUUCUGUCUCUCUCUUGCAUAUUAUAGGUACUGUGCAGUCUAGAAUUCCUUUGACCAGGCCAGUUUUUCAUCACCAUAGUCAGGGGUAUGUUAGUGUCAGUUCUUACUUUUUAUUAGGUCAUAAGAUUCGUACUAUUCCUUUUUUACUUUUUCUGCUAAAACUUUACUAAUGCUUCAGAUUAGCUUUGCGACUUUUAUCCAAGAGUUUUCACUUGAAAUUGUAACGCCAUUGUUUGGAUUAAGAAAGAAAUUAUUUUGUCAUGUCUGUCAAAUGUCCACCCAUGGUGUAAAAGAUAUUUGGCUUCAGAGAUUUAUUUUGUUGAUUAGAUGUGGUAUAAAAAGGUAACAGUUAUUUUGUUACUCUUACUCAUCAACACCCACAUUUCUUUAUAUAUAGCCUAUAUAUGGCUAAUAAAGUCUUGUCUUUUGCAAUUUAUAUUUUUACGGAAUUUAUUAAAAAGAUCAUAAAUAACCUA